AAAAAGGCAAAAGAAAGAAAAAGAAAAAGCAGAGAGAGAGAGCAAGAAGAAGUGAGACUUGUGUUCUUCCGGUGUUUAGCUUCUUUCUUUGGCUUUUUGUCUUUUAGGUUCUUGCCUUUUUCCGAUCAAUCAGACCAAUCCCUCACUUUUGGCAUCUUCGUCUUUCAUCUUAUUCUCUUUCGUUGUCCUCGGAUUUUUUCUUUCUUAUAUUUCUGGGUAAUUCUUCAAUUAAUUCCUUGUUGCAAUCAGACAGAGAGAGAAAGAGAUGUAUAAUCAGUUGGCAAUAUCUUCUUCUUCAUCAUCUUCUUCUUCUUCGUACUAUGAAUCCUUGAAGAUUUUGGAAGCUGAUGUUCAACACGCAAAUACCUUGGCAGAAGCAAUUCCAAUGGGGAAGAACAAUGUGCGGCUUCAGAUGAAACUGGUUCAUAGUAACUUUGCUUCAUUAUUACUGAUCUUGCUCCGGUGGAUUGAUCUUUCUUGCUCAUGUCUGGUUCCUCGCUACUUCAACCUCUUUCAUGUUCUUGUCUACAAGGUUCAUUCUGAUGGACAACCAAAGCUCACCACGCACGGAAGGAAAGCAACUAUCAGUGAGUUCUAUGGUGUGAUACUACCAUCACUUCAGCUAUUACACAGCAACUUAGACGAGUUGGAAAAUGCAGACAUUGGGUUUGACCUUAAAAGACUCAGCAAGAAGAUAACAAAAGAGGCUCGCAGUAAUAGAUUCAGCAAUGCCGGGUUAGAGCGUGAGGAAGAAUGCGGAAUCUGUUUAGAAACUUGCACAAAGAUGGUGUUGCCCAAUUGCUGCCACUCAAUGUGCAUCAAAUGCUACCGCAAUUGGAACUUGAAGUCUCAGUCAUGCCCUUUUUGUCGGGGAAGCAUGAAGAGAGUGAACUCAGAGGAUUUGUGGGUACUUGCUGGUGAUAAUGACGUGGUGGAUACAAGGACGGCUUCAAAGGAAGAUUUGUUCAGAUUCUACCUCUACAUUAAUAGCCUUCCCAAGGAUUACCCAGAGGCUCUCUUCUUGGUUUACUACGAGUACUCAAAUCUGAUUUAGAGGAAUCUGGACAAGCAAAAAACUUUGUACAGAUUUUUAGAAUGGUAAAUGUUAUGUAUAGAAUGUAAAACUGUGUUUAUGCUUUGGGAUGAUUUGAUGCAAAA